AUGGCAGACACUGAACAAUUUAGAGAACAAUAUAAAGAAAACACUGUAGCUGAUACUCAUGGUAAACAAAGUAUUAAAUUACUCCCCAAAAUAUACAAAUUUCGAGUAGCUCCGGUAAGAGGUAACGUCAAGCAAUUUGCGCUGCAAAUGCCGUUUUCAACUCUAUUUGACAAUUUGAUCGCAGUAUUGUGGUCUUUGUACAAUAAAGAGACAACAAUUAAAAGUGGCAUAAAUCAAAUGCAAUGGGCGUUAGAGUUUUUGAAAUGUUUAAAAGUAGAUUAUAAUUACCCAGAAAGUAUUGGUAAAAUUGUUAAAACGAUAGAAAAAGUUAUGAUAGAAAUUUACUCCAAGAUUAAUAACAUACAGUACAAGGCAAAAAUUUUGGAACUAAGCAUUGAAAAAAAAGAUUCAAUGAACAAUUCAAAAAUAUUAGAUGAAUAUGCUUUAUAUUUUAACGAAAACGAUAUCACGAAAAAACUAAAAACAAUUACCAUACGAAUGGACCGGAAGUCUGGAGAACCCAGAUGCAUAAAAGAAUUGAAUGAAUUGGGUAAAAGAAAACCAAAAGUCGAAGCGUGUAAAAAAGAUAACAAAACUUCACAAACGUUCGUGAUUGGAGCGUUGAACAAAAUAUUGAAAAAAGCCACAGAAGCGGACACUAUAACAGAAGUUGAAGAGUUAUUAAAAGAAUUAAACAUUCAGAAUACAACUCCAGCAGCAACAAAGUCUCUAAAUAAGACGUAA